GUGGCGCUGUGGGGAGGGCUGCUGCGGGGCCGCCAUGUCGAUCUUCACGCCGACGAACCAGAUCCGCCUCACCAAUGUGGCCGUGGUGCGCACCAAGCGGGCGGGGAAGCGUUUCGAGAUCGCGUGCUACCGCAACAAGGUCCUCGGCUGGCGGAGCGGCGCGGAAAAAGACCUUGAUGAAGUUCUGCAGACAGCUACUGUCUUUGUGAAUGUCUCCAAAGGUCAGGUGGCCAAGAAGGAGGAUCUUGUCAAAGCUUUUGGCACAGAGGAUCAGACAGAAAUCUGCAAGAUGAUCCUUGCCAAAGGGGAGUUGCAGGUAUCGGAUAAGGAGCGCCACACGCAGCUGGAGCAGAUGUUCCGCGACAUCGCCACCAUCGUGGCCGAGAAGUGUGUGAAUCCAGAAACGAAGCGUCCCUACACAGUCAUCCUGAUCGAGAGGGCCAUGAAGGAUAUUCACUACUCGGUCAAACCUGGGAAGAGCACCAAGCAGCAGGCUUUGGAGGUCAUCAAGCAGCUGAAGGAGACUAUGCAGAUUGAGCGGGCACGUAUGCGGCUGCGCUUGGUGCUCCCGCGGAAAGAGGGCAAAAAACUAAAAGAGAAACUGAAGCCCCUCAUCAAAGUAAUCGAGAGUGAAGAUUUUGACGAGCAGCUGGAAAUCGUCUGCCUGGUGGAUCCAGGUUGUUUCCGGGAGAUGGACGAAUUGAUCCGGUGUGAAACCAAAGGCAAGGGGACCCUGGAAGUGCUCAGCCUGAAAGAUGUGGAGGAGGGGGAUGAGCGCCUGGAGUAGCCCGCCACUGUCGCCGCCGCCGCCAGCAAAGAUGGUAUUAAAGACUUCCUUGACUGGACUGGCCUGCACUGUGUUCCUGUUUGGUUUGGUAUUUUCUUUGGGUGUGACUCCCCCUUGGGAGCACCUUCAGGAGCACGCCUCGCUUUCCUCUAAGGACAGAAAUGGCGCCAUUGGUCCUGCUGGCAGAAUGGCCUCAAGGGCCUGUGAAGCGCCUGAAUGCUUGUGUGCCUUUCCUUGAGGCUGGGGGGCUGCCGUGGGCUGCAGGGCGGGGCUGAGCAUUGGCAGAGGCACGGGCUGCAGCAUUCCAAACGCGCAGCUCUGCAGGCACAGACACGCACUCCUGUGUGAAGCCUUCCGGCCGUGCACUGCAAUGGGCAGUCCCCGGUGCUUGCUUACAGGUGUGGCCCAAAUGCUUACUCGCACUGGGACGGCUUCCAUGCACACAGCUCUGCACAUGGCCCACCUGUGGCUCGCGGGCCCAUGCACACCUCUUUCUGUAGCUAAAUUCAGCCCCCCAAACCUCUUCUUCAGCAUCAGGGCCCUGCAUCUGGUUCUUGGAGAUUCAUGCUUGAUUCAAGGUAAACUGCAGAAACACUGGUCUGAGCAAAAAACACUAAGAGCUAUUGAGCUGUUUCGAGUAUGUAAGGGCCUGCGUGGUGGAGAGAGUUUACAUUAAUACGGAAAUUGGCAUGUAUUGCAAAGAGGGCCUUUGGAUUCAGCCUGGGCUCCUGUGAGCUGCUAAGAUGUGUUGGAUUGUUCUUGUUUGUUGCAUCUGUUUACGGUUUCAGGAUAAAGUGAAUGAAUGAGGCCCAGCUGGUUGCCCUGUAGGAAAAUGCCUUUGACUAUUCUACUGACAGAUGCUUUGUGCUGAAAGGCAUUUCUUGCUUUGAGCCUUGUGUUUCCUAGACCACAAGGUGCAGGCUGUUUAAAAGACACCUCUUGUGAGGACUCCUGUGGGCCUCACCUUCCCAAGUGCAAGUGCAGCUUUGCCCCAAGCUGGUGCCUCCCAGAGGUUUGGGACUGCAGCGCCCAUCUAUCCCAGCUGGCAUGAUGGGAGUCGCACUCCCAGCACAUCUGGAGGGAACCAUCAGUUUAGGCAAAAGCUGUAAUGCUCACUCAGAACUUCAGGGGACAAGACAAUAUCCCCAGCAGCACCACCACACUGUUGUACUGGUGAGUUGCCAUGGCUGGAGCAAACGGCACGCAUGCUCAUGAGGGUGUGGGGGGGUCCCUUGGAGAGCUGGCGUGGAUGCGAGCGAUCCCCUCCCUCCGCGCUUCAUCAGGGCUGGUAGUGUGGAAAGGGAACGUAUCGCAUGCAGCAGAGAAGACCCGCCUGGGCUCCUGCAGACACUCUGUCCUCUGUGCUCCUCAGCCCUCCCCAGCAGAGCUGCUGCUGAGGGCAGAUGGAAGCCAAAAGCAGAAACAGCUGGCAGGCCCGAAGCUGCACGUCCUUGUGCUGUGCUGUGCUGUGCAGAGGAGUAAAAGCUGCUGGUCAGAAGUUGCCUGACAUCAAGAGGAGCCCCCGGGGCUCGCCGAAAAAGCCGUGAAAGCUGCUGGCGGUGAGUGAAACACGGAAGAACGUUCCUCUGAGAGCUCCCCACUGAGCCUGUCUCUGGAAGGGUUAGUGGAAAACUCUGGAAAGAGGCUCUGGAAAACUCAUUAGUGGGUUUAAGAUGGCCCAAAAACGAAUCCAGCCACAAAAUCCCACUUCAGGAAAAGGCUCCAACAGGCCUGGGCAGACAAUGCCAGUAAGGCAGCCUUCCCUGCACAGCUGUCCCCAGAUGUUUGGUUGGGAAUGACAGGCGCAGGGCAACUGGGCAGGAAAGACUAGUCUUAAGCCUCUAAUCCAGAUUUAAUGUUCAUGAGUCGGUGUCUCCUAACUCCACUGCUUCCAUUCAACAGCAAAAUCUUCAGUGACGCCCUUUGUCACAGACCUCCUGGCCUUGUGUGCAGGAAAUGUGCAGGAAAUGUGACUGCUGCGACAGAGAAAAGGGAUGUGAGACUCAAAGGGACAGAAAGGCAACUAGCUGUGGAAGCUGCUGCGGCCACGCAGUCGGGAAGCACAGACCCAGAAAGCUUGGGGUGCUUUGCAGGGGAGGACUAGGCCCAGAUGUGGUCUUGUCGGUUGUGGCACUACUUCUCCAUGUUAAACUAUUUGCAGAUACAGAAUGGGGCUUCCAAAAGAGACGGAAGGCUGUUUAUUGGAAUUUAUGAAAUAUUGUUAAGAUAGCGCCAUGAAAAUUAGCCACCUGUUAAACUUUUCCUCUCAUUCCAAACUGCUUAAUCUGCAUGAUCUGCUGGGUGGGCUACUAACAGUCCAGUCCUCACCAUGUUUAUCCAGAAGCUAGUCCCACUGAAGUAAAGCUGUGCUUAUUUCUGAGUAAGCAUGCACGGGAUCUGACUGUAAUGUAGCCAAUAAAGUUUUCUGAAGCAA